AUGGAUGUUCUGAAACCUGAUGUUUUUGUUAUAGAGGGAAUUAGAUAUAGAGUAAAUCCAGGAAAUUAUGUGUCUUAUGGUGAAAAAUUAGAAGAGCCAUGCUAUGAAAAUUAUGAAGAAUUACCUGAUAUAGAAACACUAUCAGAUGGAGAAGAUGAUAUUGAACAAGCUGAAGGUGGUAGAUACAAAACCAGUUUUCAUAUUGCAAUGACAUAUUUUGCAUAUAUUAUUGGUUCGAAAGGAGCCACCAAAAAGCGAUUAGAGACUGAAACUCGUACUAAGAUAUUUAUUCCUAAGAUAGGACAUAGUGGUGACAUAGUGAUUACUGGAGCAUCCAAAAAAGAUGUAGCAUCUGCAAGGAGAAGGAUUCGUUUGAUGGUUCUUUCCUCUAGAAAGCGUCUUGCUUAUACCCAUUUCAUUUCCAUACCCAUGACUGGAUUAAGCAUUCAAAGUGGAUUUAUGAGUUUUAAAUCUGAAGUUCUGGAAAAAUGUAAAGAUCGAGGUAUAAGUGAAAACAUUUUCCAAAAUCCAGAGAGAUUGCAUUUAACAAUUGGUUUAUUAGUGUUGUCUGACAAAGUUGAAAGGAGCGAAGCAGCCAAAGCUUUAGAAGAAUGUAAAGAGGUGGUUAUAAGGCCAAUACUUUCUGGGAAGAAACUAAGAUUGGUAAUGUGUGGCAUUGAUAUCAUGAAUGAUGAGUUUUCUGAUGUUGAUAUUUUAUAUGGAAAAGUAAAUUGUAAGAAUGAUGACAUUGAUCUUCAAGACUUUGUAGACAGCAUUAAUUCCUUUUUCUAUAAAAAAGGCUUAUCAGAUAAAAACGAACCUGUUAAACUCCAUGUGACCCUCAUGAAUACAAAAUUUGGAGUGAAAAAAGAUACUGAAGAAGAAGAAGAAAUAAGGCCUGUAAUGAGAGGAAAUAAUAGAGAAAAGAAAAAAUCUGAAACAUUUGAUGCUUCAAAUAUAAUUAAGAACUUUCAAGAUUAUUACUUUGGAGAAGAAAAUAUUACUUCCAUUGAAUUAUCAACGAUGCAUGAUUCCUCCAAUGGUCAAGGUUACUACCUUGCAUCAGCUGCAAUAGACAUUUCCUAA